AUGCUGGGUGCCGUUCAAGAAGAUUCAGAAGAAAAUGGCAUGCGUCUGGCAGGUGUCAAUCUGCAUCGUCCACGACACCGAUUCGCCCUGGAACAGUCUGCACGUUCCUUUGCUCUUCUCAAUAAACGACAUGCAUCUCAUGAUCCACAAUUGAGAGAGAUAACUCUAGUAUGCUGUCUGCUGUUCACAUUGUCAGAGCUGUUAUUAGGGCGGUAUCAUACAGCCUUGUGGCAUCUCCGGAGUGGUCUGCAAAUUUUGAGUGAGGCAGCGGCUUACACACACUGCUUACCAGCCAUAGAUCAGUUUCUGGUAGAAGCCUUCGUGCGUCUGGACACACAAUCAUCGCAUUUCGCGACGGAUGGGCCGCUCUUGCAUCUAAAAAGGGACGCGGAGGAGUGGUCAUCCGGCGAUGCGAUUCCGUUGCCUCGCAAUGUGCAAGAAGCUCGACGGGAACUAAACCACGUAUUAUGCAAAGGCAUUCCUUUUCUCUCCGAGUGUUGGGUACUCUCCAGUACGGAGAUAGAGCUCAACUUUAAUUCACUGCGCCUAACCCAACAGAGCCUCCUUGCUUCUCUAUCUCAACACAAACAGCGACUAGAAUCGUUCUGCAAACAGUCAUAUGCCAAACUCAACGCAAAGGAACAACGAGGAGUGGAAGUACUCCAACUGCAGUACCUGGAUCAGAUCCUGAGUGUUAAAACUUGCCUUUUUAACGGCCCAAUUCCCGGAUAUUUGACACCUGAAUACGUGGCCUUGCUAUCCGCGCAUGAAUCGCUGAUGGCAAAGUUCCCGGAGCGUUCCACUAUCACCUUGGACAAUGGCAUCAUCCCGGGACUAUAUAUCGUGGCAUCCAAAUGUCCUGACUACCGUGUGCGCUUACAAGCAAUCAGGGCUCUCCAGUCCUGGCCACAUUGCGAGGGUUUUAUAAAUUCCAACAUAAUUGCUUCUUUGGCCUUGGAGUCUCUCAAACGCGAACUGGUGAAGGUGAACAAGGCCGAGCUGUCACUCAUAGUUGGGGACAACGAAGAAGAAUUGGUCCGCUUCUUGUUUGAUACUCUAAAUUGCACAGAGCAGGCUGCAUAUUGGUCAAUCAUUAGAGCUUCGAAGAUUCUGCAGCAUAAGCCAUGA